AUGCUCACACUUCUGGAGCCGCCCGGGGCGAAGCGGUCCCCGAACGUCGGCAACUACAACAACAGAUCGGCACAGCACUUGUUAAAUUUAGGUAAGUUCUCUUUUUUAAAUCCAAAGUUAAAAUCAUUCUCUAAUUUCAGCGCCCGAAGAUGAAGAUCUGUACGAGACGUUCGAGGAGACCGAGGACUACGCGGAGAACGAACGCACCGGCAAUUUCAUGACGAGGGUGAGCUACUUUUGUGUCGAGAGCACAUUACUGGAACCCAAGAGCAGCACUUUCAGUUUCUUGACCGAUACCUCGUCGGAAAAUCGUCAUCUGCUGACUACAAUGACCGUUGGAAACGAGAAUUCCGCGCGAGACCCUCGUGGUGCGAUGCCGACUUGUGCCUGCAGCAGAUCAACCGGGUAAGACUGGAAUGGAGGGUACACAGAACGUCAUGGAUGUAGUAGCCAAGGCUCAUUUAUCAAUGAGCCGCUCUGCUCGAUUGGUUCUGUCGCUCGCCCUCUUCAUUCCAUUUGUCCCUCUUUCUCACAGAAUGGCAGUUAUUGGUGAAACAGAGGGCUUUAGUCGUUAGAGUUAUGGAUGGGAACGGGCCCGUCGUACCGCAUACACCCAUUAGCAUGUUAGAAUUCUUUCCCGUUAGAUUUAUAGGUUUGUUAUAGGGUCACUUCAAAGUGGUCCACCUUAUGCUUCAGUUCCGCAUUCGCAGGUUUUUGGCCCACAAGGAAAUUUUAAAACCUCGUUGAUCUCUGAAUGUUGAGAUCUGUCUCAAAGCGUUGGCUUUUCAUUUUUUCAUUGCCAUUCAAUCAACUUAUAGUGAGAGAAAGAGAAAUUUGACAUUUUGGCGUUGAAUUACUCACCUUGUUGGCGGCAAAUGAAUGAAAACGGAAGCGGGCUGAAGUGUUCACUCUACUCAAUUCUCGCCACUUUGCAUAUUUGCACAGUUUUGCAUUUCCGCAAAGUCAAUUUCUCAUCUACCCACUCAAUUCUCACACUUGUGAUACUUUGGAACUCGACAAGAAACUCGUCAGAUUAGUUUUAUAGACUGAUUUCUUCCGGAGAGGGAAUUUCUCAUCCGAAGGGCACUGACUGCUAGCAGUUGAAUUAGGCGUCGCUUUCCCCUCCGGACCGCCCAUCUUCUCAUCACGGGAAAGGCACACUCGACACGGAAUUGGGAGGAGAAGGGAGAAGAAAAGGGGCAAGGGUUUGAAAUUGGUUUCGAAAUUGAGGAUGAUUGAUGUGAGGGGACGAGAGCGCUCGCACGUUAAUUGUACGCUGGGUGGAUUGUUCAAAAUUUGAAAGCAGGGAUUACGGUAAUGGACCGGCCUUUUCCACAAAUCGGAAUAUAGUUGAAUAUGCACUUGGCCAAACUUUUUUAGUUAUUUUGUCUUGUGUGUCAAGGCUGGACACGCAUAAAACGUGCCUCCGAGGAAAUUCCAUCUACAGCUGGCGCCAUUUUCCUUUUGUUCUGUUCCGUGCGAAUGCCCUCACGCCAUAUCAUUUGGCACGAAAAAAGGUGUAUCCAAGGCCGAGGCGUCGUUUAUGACUCUUCAAAUGAGUGGGAUGAAAUGAGUCACUGACGACCUUGCAAUUGUCGCAUCUCAUCCCUCGUCUCCUUCGCAUCGGUGCAACACGAAAAAGAAAUUCAGAGUGCGAUUGCGCCUAUGUGAAAGAUGAGCAUCAUGGGCGAGUUUUCUCGCAGUAUCAAAUUGCGCACAUCCGAUCAUCACAUAGACACGCUUUUUGUGCAACACGAGUAAUGAGAAGAACUCUCGCUGCCUCGUGUUUGCUCAUCGAACUUUGUAGUUCUCUACCCUUUCUCCCAUUUUUCUUUUUUUUUCAUCAAACGUGAAACGAAACGAGCACAAAAAAGUUGCCGAGUUUUGAUGAGAAAUGAGGGUCUUGAAGGUAUUGGAUGACAGGGAAACGAGGGGUGUAAUGGGGCGAAAGAACAGAGGUUGGCAGCUGAGAAACGAGGGCGCAAAACGUGAUGUAUCGAAAGAAAGUGAGGUUAUGCAUUUUUGAUGGAUUACCCCAGGAAAUAAGAACAAAAAAGAGUGAAAAAACUCGACAAAUGUCUUGAUGAGGGGUUAGCAAUUGUGCUCUAUUGCACAUUUCAUCAUGAAGAUUACGUCAUUUACAGGGCAAGGCAACGGGUAACCGAUAUGCUCUCUACUCGCGAAGUCUGAUCCAGAAGCUUCUGUUCUCUCUGGGAAAUGCCGUUCACCGCAAUGCGUGGUCCAUCAUUCUCACCAUUUCAAUGUUCUUCGCUCUCUGCUGCUACGGACUUCAAUACGUGCACAUUGAGACGGAUAUUGUCAAGUUGUGGGUAGCACGUGAGUUUACUGACCGAGGAAGUGUCCAAGAGAAAAGGGAUAUGUUUCAGAAGGAGGACGGCUUGAUGAAGAACUGAACUUCCUGCCAAACAUCAAGCAAGCGAUGAAGAACUUGUCAGGGGACUCAGGACCGGAAAUACCGAGGGAGAACGGACUGGGAGGAGGAUAUCAGGUGCUGAUUCAGACGCCCGAGUACGAAGGACAGGACGCGCUGGCACAAGGACCUCUUCUGAAACACGUCGAGAUUAUGAAGCACAUCGCCAGUUUCAAUGUUUCCGUUCACGGAGUGUGAGUAUCUUAUUCACCGUUCUCAUUGUGAUCUCUUUUUCAGUGACUGGUCCCUUUCCGACAUCUGCUUUAAGCCGGCUCCUCCGUCCGUUGCUGCCGAUUCUCCAGCUGCUCAGCUUGGCGACGUAAUCGACCGAAUCGUUCCGUGCAUCUGGAUCACCCCCAUAGACUGCUUCUGGGAGGGAUCGAAAGCUCUUGGACCUCAUCCGUCGCUUCCAAAGUCCUCUCUGGGAGUGUUGAGCAUGCUUCUCAGUUCCCUUUCGGUACACGAAAUGAUCCGUUGGUCGGAUUUCGAUCCAAUUGCCGUCAUCGACGAAGUCCACCGUACAUUCAACCUCGGUUCCCACUACACAUUCUUCGAGCGUGCUGGUGUUGGACACGGCUACAUGGACCGUCCGUGCAUCGAUCCACUCGAUCCGGAAUGCCCGAAGAUGGCCAAGAACCACUUCGACGUGUGCCCCCACGUGGAUCGCAUUCGCGAGGUGGCGAGGAAGUACGGAACAGAACUGAAGCAGGAGCUGAUAAAGGACGAGAGCUUUGACUUGUUCUCGCUUUUCGGGAGAAAGAAGAGAGAGACCGAGCCGCAAAUGAUCCAUCCAGCUCAGCCAGCCGAUUCGAUCAACCAGGCGGCUCCAGUGACGGCUCCACCAGCUCCGACCACAACUACGCUGUCUCCAGAAGAAAUGAAAGAAGCAGCGGAGAAGGAGAGCAAACAAAAGGAGCGAGAAGCCAGGGAUUGUGAGUUUGACUGCGUCGGCACUUUCUGGUUGAAACUAAUCAAUUUUCAGACUGUCAAUCCUUCCGCAACUCAUCGUUCCAUUGGCUUCGCGAGAAUCCUGACAAAUGGGCGGAAGUGAUGCCAGAGAACCUUUUCCCGAAAAAUGUGGACUUUGCUGCCGAGAUGACUGGCGGAUGCUCUGGAUUCGCAUCGAAAGUGCUCAACUGGCCCGAAGACAUGAUUCUCGGAAAGCCAAGACGGGUGAAGAAGGGAGGAAAACUGACCGGCGCUGAUGCUCUGCAGUCUGUGUUCCUAGUGGCCAGUCCAGCCGACGUGCACCUUCGAUUCCAGCAGAAACAGGGAAGAAAACCGAUGAAGGAUGGAUUGGAUAUGGAGAAAUGGAAUGUGACUGCUGCCGAACAAGUGCUUCAGGCGUGGCAGAGAAACUUCACAAAGUCACUCUACAACCACAAGGCCAACGUUGAUGAGAGUGGAAACGAACGCAGAACCCUCCACCCACUGGCCUCCACCUCCAUCGCUGACAUGCUCGAAGAGUUCUGUCAGUUCAACUACGCCAUCAUCUUUGCCGGAUACGCCUUGAUGCUUGCGUACGCCAUCGUCACGCAGGCUCGCUUUGACAGUUGUCUGCCGUCCUCCGAGUCUUCGAUGGGCCUUGCUCUCGCCGGAGUGCUCGUCGUCACUUUCGCUUCGGUCGCUGGUCUCGGUCUCGCCACGUGGUUCGGAAUUGAAUUCAACGCCGCCACGACACAAAUCGUCCCAUUCCUGACGCUGGGAAUUGGUGUCGACAACAUGUUCAUGCUCUUACACAACUACCGUGACGUGGUCAAAUUGGCUGGAGGACAUGCUGAGAUGGCUAUUUUGAUGCGCGAAACUGGAAUGUCCAUUCUGUGCACAUCGAUCAACAAUAUCCUCUCGUUUCUCACCGGAACCCUCCUCCCAAUCCCGGCGCUCCGAUCGUUCUGUGCUCAGUCGAGUAUUCUGCUCACAUUCAACUUCAUCGCCAUCCUUACCAUCUAUCCGGCCAUCAUCUCGAUCGAUCUGCGAAGGAGAAAGGCUCAGCGACGCGAUCUUCUCUGUUGUCUCUAUGGAGACACUCGGGAAGAGUCGUACUCGAUGAUCUCGAAGCCGAAGAUCCAGAACAAACGAAUCAUCGGUGCUCCAUCGGAGGCUUCCAUUAUGCAGCAGUUCGACGGAAUCACCCAGGCUCAGAUGGCUUCGAGCGACGAUCCGUCUCCGUGGUCCCUUCAUGCGUUCAUUCGGUAUUACUACAUUCCGUUCAUCUCGAGACCUUCGAGCAAAGUGGCAAUCAUUGUAUUGUGCUGUGGUCUUCUCGGCGCUUCGUUCGUUGGAAUGCAACAAUCGACUCUCGGUCUCGAGCUCGGAGACGUGCUCCCAGAGCACACCGCACCGGCUCAAUUCUUGAGGGCCAGAGACAAGUACUUCAGGUGAGCAUGACAAAAAGAACAGGUUCCAGUAAAUUCGAGUUUUUUUUUCAGUUUCUAUCCGAUGUUCGCUGUCAUCAAAGGACCCAACAUAGACUAUGCUACCCAGCAACGUCAAAUUGACAACUAUCGUCAGUCUAUUGGAUCUUCGAAGUAUGUAAUCAAGGAUAAGAACGGCUUCCCGUCGGAGAAGUAUUGGCUGGGCCUGAUGAGAGAUUGGCUGAUCAGUGUGCAACGUGGAUUUGAUGAAGAGCUGACCAAGGGAUCAUUCGAUAUCGAAACUGGAAUGAUAGUCCGAGACAACGUGUCCGAGGAUGCCCGCAUCGCCCACGCCCUUAUGUGCUCGCAUGGAGCAUCGUUUGAGUGUGCGGGAAGAGUCGGUCACAUCCGUCUCGUCGAUGCCAGCGGAAUGAUUAACUACGACGGAUUCUACAACUACCUGACGGCAUGGUUCAACGUUGAUCACAUGAUGUACUAUGUGUCGCAAGCAUCGUUCUUCCCGACGCCUCCGAAAUGGGAUCUGAGCAAGAACCAGUCUGCCAAUUACAUUCCGGCCGCUGCUCCACUUGCCUACUCGCAAAUUCCGUUUUACUUGACUGGUCUGACUGAUACGGCAGUAAUCGUGGAUGCAAUCAAAGAUAUUCGCAGUGUCUGUGACCGAUUCACUGCAGGAGGAUUGCCUAAUUUCCCGCAAGGAAUCGCAUUCACAUUCUGGGAGCAGUACCUCUUCCUGACCGGAAACCUCAUGCAGGCAAUCGGAAUCAUCACCGUUUCCGUCUUCUUCGUCAUUUCCAUACUUCUCUUCAAUCCAUGGGCCGCCCUUAUGGUCGUCUGCAUUCUGGCAAUCAUGACUUGCGAACUCGCCGGGUUCAUGGGUCUCGUUGGCAUUAAACUGAACCCAGUGUCCGCUGUCACUCUCAUCACCGCCGUCGGAAUCGGAGUUGAAUUCACCGUCCACGUUGUCGUUUCGUUCUUGACGGCUCUCGGAACAAGGGCGCAGCGGACGUCGUCUGCCGUCGACCGGGUAUUCGUGCCUGUCAUUCAUGGAUCGUUUUCGACACUUCUCGGUAUUCUGAUGCUCGGAUUCUCGGAAUUUGAGUAAGUGAUCGAAUUGAAAUGUUUGAAAUUAAUAAAAAUUUUCAGGUUCGUCGUGAAGUACUUCUUCAUUGUGAUGACUGCUCUAAUCGGAACAGGAAUCAUCAACGGACUCAUCCUUCUGCCGGUUCUGCUCUCGUGGUUCGGACCGAGGAGAGAGGUGAGAAUCAAUAACUAUCACCUUCCCUAUAACUUUAUUUGCAGAUCUCGCCAACAGACGGAAAGACGACUCUCCAACUGCCGCCACCUCUUCCGAAGACCGGGAACAGCUCCCGUUCGGGUGGCGAUGAUUCGGACGAGGACGACGAGCCGAGUGGUCUCGUGAUGUACUCGAGGCAGUCGGCCCCAACGCGGACGUCUUCGGGGGGUGUUUCGCACGGAAACGGAUCGAGGCGCAGUGCGACAAACAACACUUCACACAGACAGCCGGUCGUGUAG